AUGGACUUUACCAGAUACGGUAAACCUCCGCCUCCCAGAUGGAAGCACACUGCAAAUAUGUUUGGUGAUAUGCUUGUAGCCUUCGAAUUGGUACAAUGGACGGAACGACAGCAACAACAGCUCAUCAACAAAUUACAGGAAGAACUGGAACAGGCCCGAAAAACGGAAAGAACAAAGCGACUGACUGUAGAGCGACUAGUUCGUGAACCAAGACCGCCUUACACUACGAAUACCGGAAUCAACGCAGACCUCCAACCAGAUGAACAAAUUCGACGGGCGGAGUCAAAUAUUGCCUACCUCAGACAACGGUUGCGAGAAGCCCAUGAAGACACAAACAUUCUGGUUCCAAGAGAAAAAUUAG